UUCAGACCUUCAGACCUGCAGACCUUCAGAUCUUUUGUUUCUCUUAAAUCAGUAUGUGGUGAUUCUGGAACUUUUCUCCAGGUUCUUCUCCGAGACACGUCUAAGUUUACAAACUCUGGAUCCAAACGUCACCUGGCUCCAAGAAAACCUGAUCUAAUGUUUUGAGAACAUUGCCAACACCAAAGGCUCUAAAGGUUCUCCUCAUGAUGUUCUCCUCGUGAUGUUCUCCUCGUGAUGUUCUCCUCAUGAUGUUCUGAUGUUCUCCUCGUGAUGUUCUCCUCGUGAUGUUCUCCUGCUGAUGUUCCUCCUGGCUGUGUUCAGAGAGGUUCUUACAGGUUUGAGGGCUCCUGGUUUGUUGUGGGUUUGGGCUCUGAGAGGUGAAGAUCUGAGGGACGCAGGCUUCAUCUGGUCUUCACAGAGGAGUUCAUCUUAUUGUUCACCUAAAUCAGACAUUUGGAGCUCGAUCUCGCCCUCGUCCAUGUCGCCCUCGCCCUCGCCGCCCUCGCCGCCGCCCUCGCCCUCGCCCUCGCCGCCCUCUCCCUCAUCUCCAUCGCCACCCUCGCCGCCCUCGCCCUCGCCCUCCCGCCCUCGCCGCCCUCGCCGCCCUCUCCCUCAUCUCCAUCGCCACCCUCGCCGCCCUCGCCGAGCUCGCCGCCCUCUCCCUCAUCUCCAUCACCACCCUCGCCCUCGCCGCCCUCGCCCUCGCGGCCCUCACCACCUCGCCCUCGCCCUCGCCGCCCUCGCCCUCGCCGCCCUCGCCCUCGUCGCCCUCGCGGUCCUCGUGGCCCUCGUCACCCUCGUCGCCCUCACCCUCGCCUUCUCUUCGGGAACACUGACGAUGUGAAACCUGCAGAAACAUCUGAGGUCUGGAGGAGGCGGGACCGCGGGCACAAACGCGCCACAGAAGGGACCAAUCAGAUGCCGGCUCCUGCUAAUCCGCCCGGCGACAGCUUCAGCUCGUCCAAUCACAGCCCUCCUCACUUUUCUGCUUCUUCUGUUUUUUUGACCGUGAUUUAAGUUUGUGACUUUAAUGAACAAAAUACAACUUCAAACUGAGACACACGACCUCCUGUGUGUCAGGUCCCCUCUCUGUGUGUCAGGGGCCUUCCUGUGUGUCAGGGCCCUCUGUGUGUCAGGUCCCCUCCUGUGUGUCAGGGGUCCUCCUGUGUGUCAGGUCCCCUCUCUGUGUGUCAGGGCCCUCUGUGUGUCAGGGGCCUUCCUGUGUGUCAGGGCCCUCUGUGUGUCAGGGCCCUCUGUGUGUCAGUGGCCCUGGAGCCUUAAAUGUUGAAGUUUGACAUUUGUACAGAAAAUAUUUUGAAAAAAUGAAGAAUCUUUUUCUCUGAGUGAAUCAUUUUGUAAUAAAUAUAAUUUCAUA